CGAGCACGCCAGAAAGAACUCGGAACGAGAACGUGAACCUUCGUCUUAUAUUUAUCUGAUCGCUCAUUAUUUCCGAAUCUUUUGACCUAAGACGUCGAUACAUUUGCGAGUGAAAGAGAGAAAGUGCCACAGAGAUCAGUGCAGGCAGUCCGCAAUCAUGGCAGGAAUAUAUCCGAGCCUCCAGGAAAAAUUCAGGAACGAGGGAAUCUGUCCGAUAUGCAUGAUGAGCCUCUCGGUCAAAUAUUCCUGCAUGAACAAUCAUUUCAUGUGUCAACGGUGCAAGCCUUAUUAUUUUAUGUGUCCGAUAUGUCGAUCCCCAAUCGACGUGGAAGUUGCACCGCCGGUGGAAGGGGGAUAUCACAUGCCACCGCCGAUGCAUUACCUGCCACACCCGUAUCCUCCGUAUCCACCAGGAAGCACUCCAAGUGCUCCAUUCAUCGAGCACGAAAGUCACUCUUGGCAACCACCAGCACCGACCGAAGACCAGGAGCUCAAACACUGUGGCUUUUCUUUCGCGGGUUGCGAGGCCAAGUUUCCGGAGCAUCUGCGCCAUAUCCACGAGUCCCGAUGUCAGUUCCGGCCGAAUCUCGAGGAGGAACCGAUCGCGACGGACUUGAGACACGACGAGGGAACGCUUUUGGAUUGUCGUUACCAUCGCGUUGGUUGUAACGUCAGAUUGCCAGAAUGGCGGAAAGCCAUACACGAGCCAAUUUGCAUUUAUAAGGACAGAAUUCAUCAGGCUGUUGAUGGCAUCGCCAGUUGUCUCGACGACUUUUCAUUCGGUGAUCGAAACAACGAGUGCGAUUACGAUCCAGAAGAGAUAGUCGGUUGUCGAUACAACGAGUACGGAUGCACGGUCAGAAUGCCAAGACGACGAAAGAGCACGCACGAGAGUAAGUGCAAUUGGUCAAAAUACGGCGAUGGAUGCGAGGAAGAAUAUUGCCACGUGCCUGAUGAAAAUCCGGACGAAAACGUUCCUUGCCGUUGGGCGGAAAACGGUUGCCAGGUCAUUCCAAGACGCUGCAGAAAGGAGAUUCACGAGGAAAAGUGCAAUUACAGAAUGGAGCGCUGCACUCACUCCCAUCGUGGCUGCGACGCCAUGUUUCAACCUUCUCGAAGAUACGCGCACGAAAAAGAUUGCCAGUACGCUUAUUGAGUCUUUGGAAACGAGUGACAGUAAAAAUGACGGAAGUGGGCGUGGAAGAAUCGAUUGCGAAUCGAACGACGUCGAACGAGAGAUUUUGGGUAUCGGAGUUUUCAGUUUUGCCUUUUUUUUUCAAUUCAUGUUAAUUGUCUCUCGAUAUUGUAGUAGAUUGUCUUAGUGCUCCUAAAAGGAUAUCGGUAUUUGACACAUUCUGGUACGAUUGUGAAUGUUUUCAAGACAAAACAAAAGUUUCCGGUGCGUGUGUAGCUUGUCCCCUAAGCCCGAUCGGCAACACUUUUUUCCAAGCUAUCCGAAGGAAGAGAAAGAUUCAUUGCUGGCAGAUCGUAGAUAUUUACGGAGAAGGUUUUUAUAUGUGGGAGGACGAAGGAGCUUGGAAGAAAAAGGAAUAGCCUGACGGAGGUCAAAGAGUUCUCGGAGAGCGGUACACGCGCUUCUCUUCAUUUUUUCCUCUUUCUCUCUCAGCUCGGAGAUGACUCGAGGGUAUUCCGCAAAAUGCGAAGAGUCGUAUAUAAGAAAGAAGCAAUAGGAAAAGCCUGAGGUAAAAAAGGAAAGGAAAGAGCGAACGCAUUGGGCGAGGAUAAGAAAAAGAUCAUACAGCUCGCCCGCUGGAACCUCGCCAUAUAUAUUUUCAUUGUACUUUCGACCCGAAUCCCAGACAAAAACAUGCUCCAAUUCCCGUUAUUUUUGCGAACGAGACCGACACCUGAGCGCGAGCAAGCUUUCCCGCCAUCUACCGGAUUAUUAAUAGCAUCCGAACACGACAAGAGAGAGGAAGUGAGAGAAAUGAAAAAACGACUGAGAGUCGAUGAUUGAUCAUCGGAUCACUCCGCUAAAAAAAGUCUACGAUUGACCCCGCUUCGUGUUGGCUGAGCAACGACAACAUCUGGGCUUUGAAAUGCUAAGAAAGCUCGAGGAGCCGUCAGCGUUCGACUGGUUACGUGGACCUACUUAAUUUCUGCAGGGGAAACUCGAUUUGCGUACUCAACAUUUUUCUAUUCAAUAUUCAACCAUACGAUGAUCUACGACGUCGAUAUUCAACGAAUAUAUUGUUAUUUGUAAAGUGGGGGAAAAAUUUCAAUAAAAACUAUUGUCAUGUCA